GAAUUCAAUAUUAGCAGCAGUCCAAAUUACAUCCUGUGUGCUUUAAUAUAACGUUACUUCUGAUACGGAACCUUUCUUGGUACAUGUUUCUCAUCGGCCGCUGUAUUGCAACGAGCUGCGUGGGUUUGAUUAAUAUGGUGGAAAACUCUCCCUCUCCUGUUCCUGAAAGGGGCAUUUAUGGCUUUGUUCUUUUCCUAGGCUCAGAGUUUGCUUUCUUUCUCUAUUGUGUGUGGGCUUUUGUGCCAGAAGAGUGGCUUCAUUUUAUUGGCCUGACUUACUGGCCCCAAAAGUACUGGGUCCUGGCUGCCCCUAUCUAUUUUCUGGUUGGGUUAGUUGUUUUUGUAGUUGUUCUUUUUGGAGUGAACAUGAACAAUACAGCUCCACUAGAUGCAGUGGACAACAUCACAGAUGUGUAUGCUCAAAGCCAGAAACCAGAAGCAUAUGAGAAGGGAGGAGUGCCAAGACUAAAGGAUGUUUCCAUAAGUGAUAUAAAUAAUAUGUUUUAUUUAUCUCCACCAUCAGCAAGCGGAAGAUGAUUUUGUUAUAUUUUCAUGCAUUCUUUUGUCUCCCUUAAUGCUCCCAUCUGUAUAUGUAUUUGUUUUUUUUAUUACCAGUAGAUGGAAGAUGUAAAACCUGAUUGGUUCCAGCUGCUUUUUCAGAAACAUUCCACAGCAUGACAUUACACUGAUGUCAGUUAACAAAAGCAGGUGGUAACACCAGUGCCCAUUUACAGGUCAGAUCUUUAGAGGUGAGCCCACUCAUAGUAAGAAUGCCUAUUUUAUGAUAUAUUACGGUAUAAUUUCGAGCAGUGAAACUUCUUUAAAAAAUCAAAUGCUGGGUACAUUUAAUGUCAUACGGUGGAACAUUACAGGUAAACAUCUCCCUGGAGACAAGCAGGUGUCUUACCUUCACCAGAAAAAUGUAUGCAGUCUACAUGUAAUUAAUAUAUCUCAUUAAAGUAAUUGUUAUUUAUACAGAAGUGUGUGUUCCUGUAUUUGGUUUACACAUUCAUUCAUACCUACAGGAACGGCUAAAAGAGGAACAGAAACUGAUGUAUUAAUAUGUGUUCUUUAACACAUGGUUAACUGCUGUAGCAUUUAUUCUGAUUUGAUUUGUCAAGGUAAUUUGACUUAACACUGUGAAUGGAUUGUUUGGAUGUUUGACCUUGGAUGAGAAAGUGGUUUUAUGUUUUCCUUAAGCAUUAAAAUACACGAAUGUAUUCCAGAGAGUAAAAUCUUCAUCUUUCUAAUAAACGCAAAUGUGUAGUGAAAAUAAAGUUGAGAAGUAAAAGAUACGAAAAA